AUGUGUGAACGAGAGAGAGAGCGCGUAUGCGAAAGAGAGAGAGAGCGCGUACGCGAAAGAGAGAGAGAGCGCGUACGCGAACGAGAGAGAGAGAGAGAGCGCGUACGACUAAGCGAGAGAGAGAGCGCGCGC